AUGGAGACGGAUGUCCCUGCUCUAGCAGGAACUGUGCAGGUGAGCGGCUCCCUACCGUGUGGAGGGUGGGACUGUGAGUGUGCGUUCAACCGGCAGCGCGGCUGCUGCUGUGCUGCACGGGACUUCUUUAACCUGGAGGAGCGCGUCUUCACACAAAUGAUGGGCCAAUGGGAAGCCCUGAAGCAGCUCAAUGGCCAGAUUCAGGCACUUGCAGAAGGCAGGCAGGUGGCGUUCACUGCAACGCUGACCCCCAUGACCAGCUGUUUCGGACCUUUCACAGUCGGCGUACCGAUCCCCUACAGGGAGGUCUCCCUGAACUCUGCCAGUGGAUACAACCCCGCUCUCGGUGUGUUCACAGCCCCGUGGGCUGGAGUCUACUCCUUCUCCUUCACGGUGUACUCUGAUGUCGGCUUGGUGGGUGAGCGGCUGUACCACCGUGUCAUGCUGAUGCAGGACCGGAGUCCGGUGGUGUCGGUGUGGGAGGAAAACCGCGACGACGGUCAGGACAGCGCCACACACACUGUGCUGCUGACCCUGGCACCCGGAGGCCAGGUGUACAUGACGCUGCAGUCGGGCCGGGAGCUGUGUGGCGACACGCAGGGACGCAACGUGUUCAGCGGCUACCUGCUGUACGCCACGGAGGAAUGA